AUGUCUAUGUUAGUUCCUGGCUAUCUUGAUCUGGUUGUGCUCGUUUCUGAUGGUGAUACCUUGGUUUCUGGGGUAGACUUCAUGGCUCCUAAGCGCCUUUGCAUUAAUGCCUAUUAUGACAAACCUAUGGAGACCAGUCUAGUGGGGUCUCCAGGGAACCUUCCUUAA